AUGCCAGGCUUCCUGCUACGUGGUCCUCUGGUGAGGCUGUGCCUGGAUCUCACAUGUGUCCUGUCCCUUUUCAACACAGUGUCUUCCUUUAGAGGAGAAGCUGAGAAGGAAAAUGUCAUGAUUUUCCUACCUACAACAGUGUCUGGCCUCAGAGAAGAAGAGAGGAGAGAAAAGGGGAUCGCUUUUCUUGACACUACAGAACUACCUGCAAGGUCAGUUGAUCUGUCUGCACUUAACCUCACAGAGCUGGUGAAUGGGAUGCUGAAUAGAGCUUUAAAAGAUAGCAAGAACUUCUUCUCUUUGUUGAGUGUCACUUCUUACAGUUCAUUCGCCUUCCAAAAGUUUUCCGUGGCCAUUUAUAACAUUUCCAACCUGAAGACUGUGGAUCCAGCCAACUUCCCCACGCGGUACUGCUACUGCUUAAACAACCGAACCAACGAUUUAUCAGAUUUCACCGCCCUCCUGGUGGACGUCAUUGGAAAUUCUACCAGCUACCUCACAGAGAUUUUUAAGUCAACUUCCAUCCUCUCAGUUAGUCAAACGAAUGGAUCCGACUGCAUCUUCAUCUGCGUGAUGACAGGAAAGUCAGGACGGAAUCUUUCUGACUUCUGGGAGCUGGUGGAAAAGUCCCCUGUUAUCAAUUACACAUUUACCAGCAACAUAUCUGGCGUUCUGGGUGAGUCUACCAGGGCGUCAGCCCUGACUUCACAGCUCACACCCACAAGCCAGCAAACACUACCGAGGACGAGCCCCCCACGUGGAGCCCAGAGGCCUGGAGUGUCCGCUCUGAGGACCUCUUCUGGGACAGACACAACACCUCCUUCAGAGGAAGAGCAGGCCUUGAACACAAACAUGCUUCCUGAGACUCCCAGCAGAGCCACACCCAAGGCCACAGCCAGAGCCACAGCCACCCUGGACAUGGCCUCUCCCACCCUCCUGGCCUCCGGUCCAUCCACCCCCGGCACACAGACUCCAAGUCCUACCAAGGCUCCAGCCCCCAAAUAUCUGCAGGCAGGUGACCUCCCUGCCGUGUGGACCUUUAUACCUGGUGAAGAGUCAGCCUUGAUCCCAGGAACCCACCAAUUUUCAAGGUGUCCUGAGCCGCUCCCUAAGGAGGAGGCUAUGAUCGCUGCUCCCCUCGUGCUGACAGUGCAGAAGCUCAACCCUUGUCUGAUGGAGCUGUGCCGCUUCUUCCAGCAAUGCCUCUGCACGAGCCAGAAGAAAGAGCCCAAGAUGCAGGCUGGGAGGUAUUGUCUUGACUACUAUUCCUGGUUUCUGAAGAAUGCAACAUACAUCUGUCAGAGGGUGAAAAGGAUAUUCCAGUCACACACCUUAAAACAAAAAUGCCUUGAGAACAUCUGCAAGUCUGUUUGA